AGCUGAACACCGGAAGUAGCCUAUUAUGGAAGAGUGUCCCUCUCACACAAACUUCCGGUAGGGUGUGAGUCUCUAACGGGGGAUUCUUUGGGAUUUUUAAAGCCAAUAUUUUCCUCUUUUUAUUCGUCUUUGAGAGACUUCAAAAUGUCCAAGUCUUUGAAGAAGAUAGUGGAGGAGAGUCGAGACAAGAACCUGCCAGAGGUGGAGAUGUGCGACAGAGGGAUCUCCAACAUGCUGGACAUUCCUGGACUGUUUACUCUGUCCAACAUCACUCAGCUGGUCCUCAGCCACAAUAAGCUCACAGCGGUGCCUGCCAACAUCUCUGAGCUGAAGAACCUUGAAGUUUUAAACAUGUUCAACAACCAAAUUGAAGAGCUGCCUACUCAGAUCAGCAGCCUUCAAAAGCUCAAGCAUCUCAACCUCGGUAUGAACCGUUUGAGCAGCUUACCCAGAGGAUUUGGUUCAUUGCCGGCUCUGGAAGUGUUGGAUCUUACCUACAAUAACCUGAAUCAGAGCUCUCUGCCAGGAAAUUUCUUCUACCUCACUACUCUUCGAGCUCUCUAUCUGAGUGACAAUGACUUCGAGGUCCUGCCUGCUGACAUCGUGAAGUUGACCAAGUUGCAAAUAUUGAGUCUGAGGGACAAUGACCUGAUCUCAUUGCCUAAGGAGAUUGGAGAUUUGGCUCAACUCAAAGAGCUUCACAUCCAGGGCAAUAGACUGACCGUCCUGCCCCCUGAACUUGGUAACCUGGAUCUGACUGGUCCUAAACAGGUGUUUAAAGCUGAGAAUAAUCCUUGGGUAACUCCCAUUGCAGACCAGUUCCAGCUGGGUGUCUCCCAUGUUUUUGAAUAUGUUCGCUCAGAGACCUACAAGUAUCUCUAUGGCCGACAUAUGCAGGCCAACCCAGAACCUCCAAAGAAGAACAACGACAAAACUAAGAAAAUAAGCCGCAAACCACUUGCUGCCAAGAACAAGUGAAAGAGAGGACAGUGAAUGGUGAUGAACGCUCACUAACCAGCCAAACUCUCUGCAUGUUCCUUUUUUUGUUACUUUCUUGUUACUUUCUUAUCAUGGGGAACAUUUGUUUCUAAAUAUGUGUCCACUGUACAGCUGGACAUUUUAAAACUCUAUCUGUUUGUGUGAUGGUUGCCCUGUAAUGCAACAGUGUUAAACUGCAAUGAUACCAAAGUGAAAUGCAGCUUCUUUAUGUUUCAGUGUUCUGUUUUACAAUCAUAUUAGCAGCUUAAAUAUCAUAUAUAAAUAUCAUAACAAUCAUAAUCUGUAACUUUAUUCACUCACUUUAAAUACUACUAAUCAUUUUACAAGGCAUUAAAUAGUGUCCGUCACAUUUCAGGAUGUUGCAAAUAUAAUGUGUCAUUUAUUCAGUCUUUUAUUACAGCUUUCGUCAUAGGCCAGCAUAUACUGAAACUUGAUUGUGUAUUGUAUUGAACAUUUCCAAUAAAACAAUAACAAGCAUCUCGUGUGUCUUUCAUGUUGGAUAAGUAUACAAAAGAGUGAAAUAUUCAUUCUCAAUGCUGUAAUAAACAAAGCUAAGCAUGUUGUUCAGAUGCCUGUCACUCACUGCAUGACCUGUUAAUCAUCAGAAAUGUGAGAAUUUCAACAACAACAAAAGACAUCAGAUGUGUUUCAGAAACAAACUUCACACUGUCGAAGGGCAGACACUUUAGAGGCCAAACAUUCAAAUAAAAAUGUAUUUUUAAAAAAUAAUUUAUUGUAGUUUUGAUAUUUUAAUUUUCUUACACAAUUUCAGGCAUUUUUAGCCUUUUUUUUUAACUGAAGGGUCUGUUUGUUUGAAGCUUGUUGUUGAGACUGAAACAAAUAAGAACAGCAUGUAAAUGAAUAAAUGUUAAGUGAGUGCUGGACGUUUGUCCUCAUUUUUGAAAAUAAACAAAGUGAUAUCAACA